GGGCCGCGAGCGGCAUGGAGGAGGCGGAGGCCGCAGCGCGCCAGGCAGAGCAGUGCGGGCCCGAGAGGGGCCCGAGCGGGGCCCGGGCCCCUUGAACCAUUCCUGAAGGCAUGGGUUGGCCAGGACAGUGGUGACUCCCCAAUCCGGCAUGGACGACUGGAAGCCCAGCUCCCUCAUCAAGCCCUUUGGGGCUCGGAAGAAGCGGAGCUGGUAUCUUACCUGGAAGUAUAAACUCACCAACCAGCGGGCCCUGCGGAGAUUCUGUCAGACAGGGGCGGUACUUUUCCUACUGGUGACCGUCAUUGUCAACAUCAAGUUGAUUCUGGACACGCGGCGAGCAAUCAGCGAGGCCAAUGGAGACCCGGAGCCAGAUCGAGACUAUGAUGAGGCCCUGGGCCGAUUAGAGCCCUCACGGCGCAGAGGCAGUGGACCCCGACGGGUUCUGGAUGUGGAGGUGUACUCAAGCCGCAGCAAAGUGUAUGUGGCAGUGGAUGGCACUACGGUGCUGGAGGACGAGGCUCGGGAGCAAGGCCGCGGCAUCCACGUCAUCGUUCUCAACCAGGCUACGGGCCAUGUGAUGGCAAAGCGUGUGUUUGACACAUACUCACCUCAUGAGGAUGAGGCCAUGGUGCUGUUCCUUAACAUGGUGGCACCUGGCCGAGUGCUCAUCUGCACUGUCAAGGACGAGGGCUCCUUCCACCUCAAGGACACAGCCAAAGCUCUGCUGAGGAGCCUGGGCAGCCAGGCUGGCCCUGCCCUGGGCUGGAGGGACACUUGGGCCUUCGUGGGAUGCAAAGGAGGUCCUGUCCUUGGGGAGAAACAUUCUAGGUCACCUGCCCUCUCCUCCUGGGGGGACCCAGUCCUGCUGAAGACAGAUGUGCCGCUGAGCUCAGCUGAAGAGGCGGAGUGCCACUGGGCAGACACCGAGCUGAACCGUCGCCGCCGGCGCUUCUGCAGCAAAGUGGAGGGCUAUGGGAGUGUGUGCAGCUGCAAGGACCCCACACCCAUCGAGUUCAGCCCCGACCCACUCCCAGACAACAAGGUCCUCAACGUGCCUGUGGCUGUCAUUGCAGGGAACCGGCCCAAUUACUUGUAUAGGAUGCUGCGCUCUCUACUCUCAGCCCAGGGGGUGUCUCCUCAGAUGAUAACAGUUUUCAUCGAUGGCUACUACGAGGAGCCAAUGGAUGUGGUGGCACUCUUUGGUCUGAGGGGCAUCCAGCACACUCCCAUCAGCAUCAAGAACGCCCGUGUAUCUCAGCACUACAAAGCCAGCCUCACUGCCACUUUCAACCUGUUUCCGGAAGCCAGGUUUGCCGUGGUUCUGGAAGAGGACCUGGACAUUGCUGUGGAUUUUUUCAGUUUCCUGAGCCAGUCCAUCCACCUGCUGGAGGAGGAUGACAGCCUGUAUUGUAUCUCUGCCUGGAAUGACCAGGGAUAUGAACACACGGCUGAGGACCCGGCACUGCUGUACCGUGUGGAGACCAUGCCUGGGCUGGGCUGGGUGCUCAGGAAGUCCUUGUACAAGGAGGAGCUUGAGCCCAAGUGGCCCACACCAGAAAAGGUGCCCUGGCAGGGUAGCGGGAGUGGGCUGGAGUCCCCCACCAGCUCCAAACCUCUUCACCUUUGUAAUCUUCCAUGCCCCCAGCUCUGGGACUGGGACAUGUGGAUGCGGAUGCCCGAACAACGCCGGGGCCGAGAGUGCAUCAUCCCUGAUGUGUCCCGAUCCUACCACUUCGGCAUCGUUGGCCUCAACAUGAACGGCUACUUCCACGAGGCCUACUUCAAGAAGCACAAGUUCAACACGGUUCCAGGUGUCCAGCUCAGGAACGUGGACAGUCUGAAGAAGGAAGCUUAUGAAGUGGAAAUUCACAGGCUGCUCAGUGAGGCUGAGGUUCUGGACCACAGCAAGAACCCUUGUGAAGAUUCUUUCCUGCCAGAUACAGAGGGCCACACCUAUGUGGCCUUCAUCCGAAUGGAAAAAGAUGAUGACUUCACCACCUGGACCCAGCUUGCCAAGUGCCUCCAUAUCUGGGACCUGGAUGUGCGUGGCAACCACCGGGGCCUGUGGAGAUUGUUUCGAAAGAAGAAUCACUUCCUGGUGGUGGGCGUCCCAGCCUCCCCCUACUCGGUGAAGAAGCCACCAUCAAUCACCCCAAUUUUCCUGGAGCCACCCCCAAAGGAAGAGGGAGCCCUGGGAGCCGCAGAACAGACAUGAGACCUCCUCCAGGAUCCUGCAGGGCUGGGUACUGUGUACCCCCAGGCAGGCUGGCCCUUCACCCCAUCCUGUAGGAUUUUGUAGACACUGGUAGGGGUUGGGGCUGGCUUGUUUUUAACAUGAGACUUAAUUACUAACUCAAAGGGGAGGCUUCCCCUGCUCCAACACCCCUGUACCUGAGUUGGAGGUCUAUUUAUUUACUUCCCUGUUGGGAAGGGGCAGGAUAGUACCUGGGAAUCUUUGGGGUCCCUGGGCAGCUGAUCCUGCCCUUUGCACACUCCCUCCUCCCAGGCCUGGCUCAGAAUCUAACCUAUUUAUUGACUGUCCUGAGGGCCUUGGGAACAGGCUGAAGCCUGGAGGGCCUUGAUUCCUUUCUCGGCUGGGGUGCUGCCCUGAGGGUGGGGCUGGCUCUUACUCAGGAACCUGCUGUGCCCUGUGCCCAACCCAUGGACAGGCCCACUGGGGCCUCCUGCUGAUGCAGACUCACUCAGAGACCCUCAGACACGGAACCAGGCCUCUUCUCAGCCUCCCCUUUGUCCAGGUUUCCAAAGCUGGAUAAGGUGGUCAUUGAUUAAAAAAGGAGAA